UGCCUCAAACACCUUACCUCAGUUAAAGUGGCAGUGGAAGGGGCUAGAGCUUGAAAAAUGUUUAAUUAAGAGUUUUUCACAUUUUGGAAUUACUGCAUGGUUUAGGCCUUUUCCAUCCAGUCGACUUACUGGCAAAUAAGACUGCAUUAAGAAGGCAAACCCUGGAACAUGAUGGGACCUCUGAUUGUUCAUUUGCUUUUACAAGCUGCGUUACAGUUAUACUACUAGAAUUAUGCUCUUCUAUAUAAUCACCAAUAUCUGUUGAGAAACCACGGGAAAGAAAGGUGAAUAAAGACUGAGAGGAAGAACCUGAACAUUCAGAAAAUAUUAUUUUAAGAAAUUUACAGCAUUUGUACUGGUGCCACCUAUGGGGCAUGUUGUCACAUUUCACUUCCAUUCUUUCAAGGUGUUCUGCUAUAUGAUACUUUGGCAUGGAGCGUGACAAUGCCGAAAGGCAUACGUGGCCUCCGGGGUUCCUGUCUGGUUAUACCAUGUUCUUUCUCUUACUCAUCAUACCCACCUGAAAACCCACGUAGAGUUGUGUGGUAUCAGUGGGCCUCUAAAGGUUAUCCUUUAGUUUAUGAUCCAUGGUAUCCAAAUGAUGUCAUUGAUAAGUUUAGAUGGAAAACGUCUUUAUAUGGGAACCCAUCAAAUUGGGAUUGCAGUCUGCUGAUCACAAAGCUGGAACAGUCCCACCAUGGAGAGAAAUUAUACGCAUGGAUUGACCCUGAAAAUGUUGGCUGGCGCACCUAUAAAUUUUAUGAUGUCACCUCUACAAUCCAUGUCGACAAUCAUCCAGAGCUCCCAGACAUCAAUAUUUAUGGAGGUGACAAGAUAGGUGACACCAUCACAGUAGCAUGUUCUACUUUACACUCGUGUCCGUACAGCAAACCAAACAUCAUUCUGAAUGGUAUUGAAGGAUGUGACAAAAUAAACAGCAAGCAUAUUAAAGACAGCUUGUGGAAAAUCACUCGGACAUGCACAAGUGUCGUAAAGGCAGAACGCUUGACUAUCAUGUGUUCUGUAACACAUCAUGGUGGCAUAACAGUGACAGCUACAAAGGUCAAAAGUGCACAUUGUGUUCAUCAAAAAAUAACGAUUGAGCCUGAACUGACAGAUUUCAAAGAGGGCGUCGCAAAGAACUUUGUUUGUUCCGUCUAUCAUUCCUGCCAGAAAGAGACUCCAACCAUCACAUGGAACUAUAAGAACAUGCAGGUCUUAACAGGGAGCAAAACACUUUCUGGGUUAGGUCGGAUCACCUAUUCCAGCAUAACCUUUCUGGGUUCGAAACAAGACCAUGGGAAGAAACUGAUUUGCACUGCAAAAUUUUCUGGAGGAAAAACUGAAACCUCAGUUGUUUUACAAGUACAACGUGUUAUGAAGUAUGAUGUUUUGGGAUUGGAAGUGAGAAUGCCAAAAGACAUUCAUGGCCUCCAGGGUUCCUGUCUGGUUAUACCAUGUUCUUUUUCUUACACGUCAAACCCACCCAAAGCCCCACGUAGAGUUGUGUGGUAUCAGUGGGUCUCUAAAGGUUAUCAUUUAGUUUAUGAUCCUUCGCAUGCAAGUGAUGUCAUUGAGAAGUUUAGAGGAAAAACUGAUUUAUAUGGAAACUCAGCCGGGGAAUGCAGUCUGCUGAUCAAAAACCUGGAACAGUCCCAUCAUGGAGAGAAAUUAUACACAAGGAUUGACCCUGAAAAUGUUGGGUGGGGCACCUACACAUUUGAUGAUGUCACCUCUACAAUCCAUGUCAAUGCAAGCUCACAGCCGCCCAGCAUCAAUAUUUAUGGAGGUGAAAGGAUGGGUGACACCAUCACAAUAGUAUGUUCAGCUGUCCACUCGUGUCCAUACAGCAAACCAAACAUCAUUCUGAAAGGUAUAGAAGGAACUGACAAAAUAGACAAUGAGCAAAAUAAUGAUGGCCUGUGGAAAAUCAUUCUGACACGCACAGGUGUCAUAAAAGCAGAAAGUUCAACUAUUGAGUGUUCUGUAACACAUCACGGUGGCAUAACAGUGACAGCUACAAAGGUCAAAAGUGCACAUUGUGUUCAUCAAAAAAUAAUGAUUGAGCCUGAACUGACAGAUUUCAAAGAGGGCGUCGCAAAGAACUUCGUUUGUUCCGUCUAUCAUUCCUGCCAGAAAGAGACUCCAAACAUCACAUGGAACUAUGAGAACAUGCAGGUCUCAAAGGGGAGAAAAACACUUUCCGGUUUAGAUCAGGUCACCUAUUCCAGCAUAACCUUUCUGGGUUCAAAACAAGACCAUGGGAAGAAACUAAUUUGCACUGCAAAAUUUUCUGGAGGAAACACUGAAACCUCAGUUUUUUUACACGUACAACGUGUUAUGAAGUAUGAUGUUUUGGGAUUGGAGGUGAGAAUGCCAAAAGACAUUCAUGGCCUCCAGGGUUCCUGUCUGGUUAUACCAUGUUCUUUUUCUUACACGUCAAACCCACCCAAAGCCCCACGUAGAGUUGUGUGGUAUCAGUGGGUCUCUAAAGGUUAUCCUUUAGUUUAUGAUCCUUCGCAUGCAAGUGAUGUCAUUGAGAAGUUUAGAGGAAAAACUGAUUUAUAUGGGAACUCAGCCGGGGAAUGCAGUCUGCUGAUCAAAAACCUGGAACAGUCCCAUCAUGGAGAGAAAUUAUACACAAGGAUUGACCCUGAAAAUGUUGGGUGGGGCACCUACACAUUUGAUGAUGUCACCUCUACAAUCCAUGUCAAUGCAAGCUCACAGCAGCCCAGCAUCAAUAUUUAUGGAGGUGAAAGGAUGGGUGACACCAUCACAAUAGUAUGUUCAGCUGUCCACUCGUGUCCAUACAGCAAACCAAGCAUCAUUCUGAAAGGUAUAGAAGGAACUGACAAAAUAGACAAUGAGCAAAAUAAUGAUGGCCUGUGGAAAAUCAUUCUGACACGCACAGGUGUCAUAAAAGCAGAAAGUUCAACUAUUGAGUGUUCUGUAACACAUCACGGUGGCAUAACAGUGACAGCUACAAAGGUCAAAAGUGCACAUUGUGUUCAUCAAAAAAUAACGAUUGAGCCUGAACUGGCAGAUGUCACAGAGGGCGUUGCAAAGAACUUCACUUGUUCCGUCUAUCAUUCCUGCCAGAAAGAGACUCCAACCAUAACAUGGAACUAUGAGAACAUGCAGGUCUUAACGGGGAGGAUCACACUUUCUGGUUUAGAUCAGGUCACCUAUUCCAACAUAACCUUUCUGGGUUCCAAAGAUGAUCAUGGAAAGAAAUUGAUUUGCACUGCAAAAUUUUCUGGACAAAACACAGAAACCUAUGUUGUCUUAUAUGUAAAAGAGUAUCAAAAACCAGUGGAUCCAAUCCAGAAUGAAACUUAUUUCCAGUAUGAGGCAGAUGUGAUACCCAAGAUCACUGCGUUGACUCGUUCCUGUGUGGUAAUACCGUGCAGUUUCAAGAUGGAAGAAGAAAACACUCGACUUCGUGUUCUUUGGGUCACCAAAAAAGGUGGCUACAUGUUCCACACAGACUCACAUGACGUCUUAGACAACUUCAGAGGCCGCACAAAGCUUCUUGGAAACCCAGAUGAGCAGAACUGUACUGUGGAGAUGGAUAAUGUGCAAACUCAUGACAAUGGGCCAUUCUGCUUUAAAGCAGAAAAAGAAAAUGAGAAAUACAGUUUCAACAACAGCUGUGUGUUCAUUAUAAUGCGGGCAUCUCCUGACAAACCUGUGAUGUCGUCCCUCCCUGAAGACAUCGAGCCUGGGACACGUGUCACCGUCAAAUGCUCAGUCAACCAUACAUGCUCCUCUCACCCUCCCAAAAUUACCUGGAGUGUCCCAACAGCCCGAGAAACUAUCAGUCACAAUCACAUGGGUGGAGGCAUCUGGGAAACAGUGUCCGCUGUGACCUUCAUUCCAACUGGAUAUGAAGAGAAAGAUGAAAUUGUCUGCAGUGCCAACUUUUGGGGUGGUAAAACUCAGAACAAUACUGCCUUCCUGAGUGUUAAGAGAGUUCAAGAAAUUAAAUUGGAGACUUUCGGGCUUUAUGCCAUUGCUCCAUCACUUGUGUUCAUCCUCAUUUGUGUACUUGCUGGAGUCUGCAUAUACAAGAGACGGCACAGACAACCUUGUCAAGAUAUGCAAGGGUUACAAACACAAUCUGAACAUAGGAGAUCACUUUGGAACAGAUUUUCAAGUCAUUUUAAUAUGCCUGAUGGAAGAGCAGCUUGGACUAACAGGGGAGACAGGAGUGAUAUCAGGAACAUUGAAAAUGCUCCUGCAAGACCACUGAAGCCUGAACAAAGACGGAGCAUCUGGACCCGCUUUUCAAGACACCAAUCACCCAGAAACAAUGCAAAUCUGAGAGUAGAAUACAAGACAAACAACACAUGUACAGUGUCAGGAAACAAGCCUUUCUCCAAACCUCGUAUGCCAUCACCAAAGAGUGAGCCAAAAUCCUACCCAGGUUAUGAUUAUGAGGGUGAUUACGCCAACAUGGAAGAACUCAACGUGUAUGGAAAUAUCUGAUGAUUAUGUACAAAACAAGGUUCAACUGUGUUUUUUCUUUUUUUCUUCUUUUUUGAAAAAUGCUCAAAAUAAGUAUAGCAGAUUGUCUUAUACUUUUAGAAAUAUAAUCACUGUCUGUUUUUGAGUCUGAAGCAUGCAUGUAUUGACUUAAUUGAUUUUGUUAAUGCUUUUCUACUCUGUCAUGUAUCAAUACUUUCCAGCAUGUUUGUCUGAGAACAUAACGAUAUAUAAAUAUAAAAUGGAUCAGAAAGUGUCAUAGAGUCUAGUUAGUACCUAGGAUGAUUUAUUUCCUUAAAUUAACAGGGGGAGAAACAUUCUCAUUCUAGGCUUCAGAAUUUGUGUUGACAAAAAUCUAUAUAGUGCAGGAUGAGUCAUCUAAUAUUUUAUCUAGAUAAGCAUUACUUGAAAUCAUCCAAAAUUAGUCAUCAGCAGUCACUUGAUGUGUUCUCUAAAUAACUAAUGUGCAUUUGUUCCAGGCAUUAAUAGACCAAAGAUCAUGCUAGGUGUUAAUAAUGUCAGUAUCUUUUCAUAGCUGCUAACUUGCUGUUGUAGUCAGAGACAGUCCUCUACAGAAACCAACACUGCUUGAUUGCACAAAAAUUGGGUGAAUUUGCAACAUAUAUAUUUUUUAAUGUCACGUUCAUCACAUUUCCCAAAAGUAUCACUAUCUAAAUUAUAUGUUUGAAAAAGGAUAACCAACGUGUGUCUGUGAGCAUUUAGAAUAGAGCAUAGACUGAAGGCAGAGGAACCAGUAAAUGCCUUUGUGUACAAGAGGCCAUUCAGAGGUCAAAGGUCAACUACAGUAUUUUAUUCAAACUGUAAAAACAUUUUAUUAGGAAACCAGUAAGCCUGUGAAAUAUGCAGUACUAUAGCAAACAGUAAAUUGUGUUGCUAUACAUUACUGAAUUUUUUCACAGUACUUACACUAUAAUUAACUGUAUUGACAAUACAUUGUUCCUGAAUUAACAGAUUGAACAAGUGCUCUCAGAAAUAGUAAUCUUUGUACAACGAUUGUGAAAGGAAACAUGUAUAAUCCUUAUCAGACACAGUAGCAGGUCAGAAUUAACAACUAGCUGUGUAACACAUUUUGUACUUUUAUUUUUAAAUGUACCACUUGUGUAUUAUAAAGAUUUUGCAACAGA